GUACACCUGACAACACUACUUUAAAAUGUUGAUGCAACCGUUUAACUAGAAUUUAAUUAAUUUUAAUCAGUCGAGCAGAAUGGCCUCCUCCACAGGUCUCCUCGUCGUGUCCAACAUUAAGCACCUGGGAAAAUCCCUGCGCGCUAUCGAGAAGUACGUGAACUCGCUGUACAUUCAUUUAAAUGUGGCGGGGUCAACGUCCACGUCCUCAUCCGUUCCACCUCCACCAGUUUGGGGUCGUCUGAUUUCCCAGCUCUAUGCGAAUAGCAGUAGCUAUGUGGGCAACCAGUUGGACUUGCGAGUCCUUGUCUCUCCACUCCGGCCUGGAGGUACCGCGUCCUUAAACUUGCGCCAACCUGUGGACCUCAUCUUCUCGGAUGCCCAUUAUCCAGAGUUGUGUGAGCGAUUGCGAGCAGAUCUAAACAUCAGCAAACCAACAAUAUAUCUGGAUGAGACCGUCAUCUCCGAUUUGAGUGCCCAACUGGAUGACUCACAGGCUACCAAAACCUAUCCCUCGGUUGUCCUGGGCGGAACCUUCGAUCGUAUUCAUCUGGGCCAUAAGAUAUUUCUGACACAGGCUGUACUGCGCACUUGCAAACGCCUCGUAGUGGGCGUAACGACCUCCGUCAUGACGAAGGGAAAGACUUUGCCAGACUUGAUUUUGCCAGUGGAGGAGCGUAUUGCCCGGCUAAGAGAGUUUCUUAUGGACAUAGAUGGUACGCUUCAGUACGAGAUUGUGCCCAUAGACGAUCCCUUCGGACCAACGCAAGUGGAUCCCGAUCUGGAUAUGAUUGUAGUCAGUGCGGAAACGUUGCGAGGUGGCCAAAAGGUCAAUGAAAUUCGCUCUGCCAAGCAACUGCGACAGUUGGAGAUAUUCGUAAUCGAUAUUGUGGAGAGCAACGUGCACGACGGCAUCCACGAGUCGAAAGUAAGCUCCAGCAAUACCCGAAUUGAUUUGCUGGGAACCCGAUGGCGAAGACCGGAGCAUCGUCCACAACUCCCAGCACGUCCGUACAUUAUAGGAUUAACUGGGGGCAUCGCCUCUGGCAAGAGCAAAAUGGCCGAGAGAUUGGGCAAUUUUGGCGCCCAUGUCAUCGAUUGUGAUAAAGUGGCCCAUGAUGUGUAUGAACCGGGUCAGGUGUGCUACGAAAGAGUUGUGCAGCAUUUUGGACCAAGCAUUGUUUCCCCGGAUGGACGUAUUGACCGCUCCAAGCUGGGACCUUUGGUGUUUGCCGAUCCAAAGAAGUUGGAGGCACUUAACGGGAUUGUUUGGCCAGAGCUUAUCGCAGAAGUUAAUAGACGACUGGAUGUACUGCGUUCACAGCCGGAAGUGCCCCGUGUGGUGGUCCUGGAGGCGGCGAUACUACUGCGAGCCGGCUGGGAGUCCAAUUGCCAUGAGGUGUGGUCCAUGAUUGUCCCCCCCGAGGAGGCUGUCCGGCGAAUCAUCGAGCGUAACAAAUUCAGCGAGGAGGAGGCCAAAAAGCGUCUGGCUAGCCAAGUGCCUAAUCCAGAAAUUGUGGCCAAAUCGCAUGUUAUUUUUAGUUCCCAGUGGGAUCACAAUUUUACGCAGAAACAGGCGGAGAAAGCCUGGCAAAUGCUCAACAAGGAACUGGACUCGCUCCAGAGCAGCCUUUAACAGGGAUGGAUAUUCAAGUUACCAGCUAAGAAUUGUUGAACAUUUUUUUGUUUGAAUUCUUAUGCAUUUGUUGUACAUUGCUUAGUUUUAAGUCGAAAGUUGAAGAGAAAGUCCGAGACGUCAUUGGGAAAA